AUGGAGGGAGGGAUCACGCUGCCGUUUUCGUCUACUUCCGUCGCGGAGAUCCCCGCGUCCUGCUGCUCCGACGAGGUCGCCGGCGCGGGGAAAUCCUCGUCCACGGCGGCCGGUGUUUCGGCCGACUUGAUGGACCUCCAGAGACGGCAGAUCUUGCGCGAACUCCAGGUCACUGUCGACCGCUACAACGACUCCUUCCGAUCUCUCAGUCUCAUGCUCGCCGACCUUGAGCUUCUCCGUCAAGAAAAUCUCGCGCUGAGGGCGGAGAACCUCGAGUUCUCUCUCUUCUUGGAGGAGGAGAGGAACAAUGUGCUGGCGGCGAAUCCUGAGAGCUGUGGGGUCCUAGAUCCCAGAUCGACCGUCCCACAGAUCGGUAUGGAUGAGAAUUUGCCCCCAGGAGACGGAAUUAUCCCUAGGAACGAGAAGACUGGGGUUCUUGGCGUCGUGCCAAAGAGCAUCUCGAUCCGUUCCAAGGGCUUUCUGGCGGUGGAUCAUGCAUCUGGUAGAAGCGGCGGGACAGCAGAGGACGUGAGCGCGAGCGGCAAUGUAAUUACGCGCCAUUCUCAGCCGCAGCCUCUGGCUUCCGUACAGGUAAAGGUCGUAGGAGCCAUGUUUCCAGAUCCUCAGUAAUAUCUAAAACAAAAUACAAACAAAGAAAACUAGACGUCCGAUCGUUGGCCCCUCAGGUUUUAGUCUCAGAUUUCAGUUGGCAUCGACUCCCGACCUCUAUCUGGAAGUUCAGCUUUCACUUUCUGUAUCUUUAAAAAUGUUUGGCGCCUAUUCCGUGUGGUUUUAAUGAGUUCAUUCCACACCUAGGAUCUCGUCUCUAUUGCGUUGGGAAGAAAAAUAAGGACUAAAAGUCCGACGUCAUUAUUUUUUUCUGUGAAUUUGUCUCUUAUUGACGACUUUGCCCGGUGUUUGUCAUUUGUUGGACUAAUGGAGCAGGUUGGAGAAGCAGACGGUAUGGGCAUUUCUGUAGAAGUGUUCAACCAAGGAAUGGCCAAGACCGAGCUCUGCAACAAGUGGGAGGAGAUGGGAUGGUGCCCCUACGGGGAUCAGUGCCAGUUCGCUCACGGUGUGGAUGAACUUCGUCCGGUGAUUCGCCAUCCCCGGUACAAGACUCAGCUCUGCCGCAUGAUCGGCGGCCCUGGCGGUUGCCCAUAUGGCCACAGGUGUCAUUUCCGUCACGCCCACCUCCAUACGCAGAACAGCCAAUAA